AUGUGUCGCUCUUUCAGCCUCACAGAGGUUGUCAUCACCAACGUCUCGGGCAGCUCGAGCUUUGACGAAGAGACUCGUAUGGCUGCUCGCAGGGCUCUCGGACAGAACAGAGACCCUCACAUCUGCCACCCAACUCCCUAUGAGAUCCGGCGACGAUCUGACCCCUCCCUCCCGGAGCCUUCGGGCACCAUCUACCCCCAUCCUCUCGUCAACCCCAUCAAGGAAGCCCCUCUGUUGACCGAGAUCCGCGCCUUUUACCGGCUCGAAUUCAAAUUCAAGGGCGAAAACCUCGACAUAGUGUGGCAGGAAGGCACAAACAUCUGCAACAAGGGUCAGGGAAGAAUCAUGGGAGACGUUCUCGUCGACCCCGGUAACUCCAUUGAGAUCGUCACUCAUCUGAUCCAGCACUACAUCAGUCAAACUUACGCUCCGCUCGACCCUGUCGGCGAAUCGGGCUGCCUGUCCGAGCACUUUGGCGACGUGAUGGGCGUCAUGGCCAAGAUGUGGCAGGAUCGUCUCACUGCUCGCGAUGGCGACUGGGGCAUCGGCCGCAAAUGCUUCAUGCCUGGCCACGACGACAUUGCGAUCAGAGAUGUGAGAACGCCGGGAACUGCAUACAACGACCCUCGCCUGGGCAAGGACCCUCAACCCAUUCACAUGCGAGACUACGUCCACGAUACCACCCCUCCCGGCAUCAUCGACCAUCGCAAGGGCAACCACGUCAACACGGGCAUCCCGAACCGUGCUUUUGCAAUUGUCGCUCUGGCCUUUGGUGGCUACGUCUGGGAAAAGGCCGGCCAGAUCUGGUGGGCUGCAAUGACUUGCAGGGCCGUGCCCGCGAAGUGCAGUCUCUCCAAGUUUGCCCUUGUCACUUGCUCGAUCGCCGAGCAGUUCUAUGGCCCCACCGAUGCCCGAACUGUCCGCUUUGCCUGGCAGGAGGUUGGUGUCCUGAGCCCUUCGCUGUGGGAGCAUAUGAGUAUUUUCACAGUUUUGAUGAGAGAAGAGCUCGAGGACGAGUAUGAGGCAGAGGUGGCUCUUGCAGCUCAGCAACAGACGGAUGAGCAGACUGAUGAGCAGUCCAACGGGCAGUCAGAGCAGCAAGUCGAGGAAGAGUCUGAACAAAGCUCUUCUCCGUCUUCGACCGAAGCCACAAGCACGCGUCCUGGCUCCCCUGCGUCUUGGACCACAGAUGACGAGAACGCUACGACGGUUCAGGGCACACCUGCCCCUCCUACUCCCGAGUUUCCCCCCACUUAUGAUGUUGACGACGAUGAGGAGCAGGCCAUGUUUACACCCCCUACCACGAGGAUGCCAUCGCCCGCCGGCCGUGACUCCAGGCCCCAUCCGACUCCCAUCAACCCUCAUGGCUACUCGGAGAAUGUGAUCAACGGCGCUCUUGCCGCUGCCAACUUCAUCAUGGAGAAGGCGGUUGAAAUGGACCUCAGAAGGCAGCAAUGCGAGGCCAAUGAAAGAGAAGCUGCACUCAUGGCGGCUUGCGGACUUUCGCCCUUGGUCGGACAGUCUUAUACUUUCGAGCGGCGUUCUCGAGGCCGGUCCUCGGUCAGAGGAUCGACUGUCGUUGGAAGAGUCAGCUUGGUUGGCAGGACCUCUCCUGGUGUACAGAUGUCUGCUGUUGGAGAGCCGGCCUCGACAACUUCAUCCACUGCUAAGGAACAGUCGACCGUGCCUUCUACUUUGGGUGUGGAAUCCACAGACAUCAACGGGCCCGGCGCCCUUGACAUGUCUGCAUUCACUGACGACGAUGGCCAGGAUGUGGUUGACCGUGACCUUGUCAUCCGCAACGCUGGUACUGAGGUUGGACGCAGGGCCCAGGGUGGUCACGGAAAUUGCAAGACCACCUUCUGA